AUGGCCGACUCCAUGCGCGGUGCAGACAGCACCCAGGAUACUCGGUUCAAGGACAAGGAGGCCGCCAGCAUCAAGGCUACAAAGUUCCCGGCACACUUUAGCGACAAGGUCGACCUGCGUAAAGUCAACAUCUCGGUGCUCCGUCCUUGGAUCGCCAAGCGCGUCACCGAGCUGAUGAAGUUUGAGGACGAUGUGGUUGUCGAAUACGUGUAUAGCAUGCUCGAGGACAGGGACAAGCCGCCAUUACUCGCAGCUAGCUUGGCGAAAGAAAGGCGUCGUUUAGGUUUCUGUGCGGCGACCCAAAUGCGCCCCACAGGUUGUGUCCCAUCUGUCAGGCUACAGACUCCUGAUCACCCCCACUCCAAUAACCCCCAACAUCUUGCUGACAAUGGACAGGUCCCCGACCCCCGCAAGAUGCAAGUCGCCCUUGUCGGCUUCAUGGACAAGUAUGGCGCCGCGUCCUUUGUGGACGAGUUGUGGAAGCUCCUCUUGAGCGCCCAGGCCACUGUCGGCGGCGUCCCGGCCGAGUUUAUCGAGGCCAAGAAGAAGGAGCUCGAGGCCCAGAACCGCGGUGGACCAGGUGCCGCCGGUCUCCAGAACCAGAUGCGCCAGCGUGCCGAGGCUCUGAAUGACGACUAUGGACGGAGGGAUGAGCGCCGUUUCGAUGACCGCCGGGGUGGAUACCGUCGCGACGACCAGGACCGUGGUUAUGGAGCGCGUGGGGGAUAUGGUGGCCGUGACCAGGGCCAUGGAGGACGGGAUCAAGGAUAUGGUGGGCGGGGCCAGGGUUACGGUGCACGCGACCAAGGCUAUGCCGCACGUGAACGUGAUCAUGGGUACGGAAACCGUGGAGCGCCGCUCGCCCAGCCCGAGGAGGAGGAGGAGGUCGCCCAGCCCGAGCCGAAGGGAGAGGGACGACACGCCGCCUGCCAGGCGCCGCUCACCUGGCCCGACGAGGGGGUCGCCCAGCCCACGCCAAAGGGACGACACGCCUCCGGCUCGUAG